GUCUGCGCGUGCGCCGUGUGCAAGCAGCCGCCCCCAGGCUUGUCACAGAGCCUGGUGACCGCAGGGCGGCGGGGGACUCAGUGCUGCUGCGGCCGAAUCUGUAGCGUGAGGCGUCCUUGAGCUGAGAGGACCAUGAACCGCAGUCGGCAGGUGACGUGCGUGGCCUGGGUCCGCUGCGGCGUGGCCAAAGAGACGCCAGACAAGGUAGAACUUAGUAAAGAAGAAGUAAAACGUCUCAUUGCUGAAGCUAAGGAAAAAUUACAAGAAGAAGGUGGCAGUGACGAAGAGGAGACAGGCGAUCCUUCGGAAGAUGGCAUGCAGAGUGCACGUACCCAGGCACGACCAAGGGAGCCCCUGGAAGAUGGCGACCCAGAGGACGACAGGACGCUGGAUGAUGAUGAGCUGGCUGAGUACGACUUAGAUAAAUAUGAUGAGGAAGGUGACCCAGAUACUGAAACUCUUGGUGAAUCUCUCUUGGGUCUUACAGUCUAUGGAAGUAAUGAUCAAGAUCCUUAUGUUACUCUGAAAGAUACGGAGCAGUAUGAACGUGAAGAUUUCCUGAUCAAGCCCAGUGACAAUCUGAUAGUUUGUGGCAGAGCCGAACAAGACCAGUGCAAUUUAGAGGUCCACGUUUAUAAUCAGGAAGAAGAUUCCUUUUAUGUGCAUCAUGAUAUACUGCUGUCUGCAUACCCUCUAAGUGUGGAAUGGCUGAAUUUUGAUCCCAGUCCAGAUGAUUCUACAGGAAAUUAUAUUGCUGUGGGAAACAUGACCCCCGUUAUUGAAGUGUGGGACCUUGACAUAGUGGACUCUUUAGAACCAGUCUUCACUCUUGGAAGUAAGCUAUCGAAAAAGAAGAAAAAGAAAGGGAAGAAGAGUUCCUCCGCGGAGGGGCAUACCGACGCUGUCCUGGACCUUUCCUGGAAUAAGCUGAUCAGAAACGUGCUGGCAAGUGCAUCAGCUGACAACACUGUAAUUCUGUGGGAUAUGUCCUUAGGGAAGCCAGCAGCUAGCCUUGCUGUACACACAGACAAGGUCCAGACUUUGCAGUUUCAUCCAUUUGAAGCACAGACUCUGAUUUCUGGAUCCUAUGAUAAGUCAGUGGCUUUGUAUGACUGCCGAAGUCCAGAUGAAAGCCAUCGAAUGUGGCGAUUCAGCGGGCAGAUUGAGAGAGUGACUUGGAAUCACUUUUCACCUUGUCAUUUUUUGGCCAGUACGGAUGACGGCUUUGUGUAUAAUUUGGAUGCACGUUCAGAUAAGCCAAUUUUUACACUUAAUGCACACAAUGAUGAAAUUUCCGGUCUUGAUCUAAGUAGUCAAAUCAAGGGCUGUCUUGUGACAGCAUCAGCAGACAAGUAUGUGAAGAUCUGGGACAUAUUAGGAGACAGGCCAAGUCUGGUUCACUCUAGGGACAUGAAAAUGGGAGUUCUGUUCUGUUCUUCCUGUUGCCCUGAUUUGCCAUUUAUUUAUGCCUUUGGAGGUCAGAAAGAAGGGCUUCGGGUCUGGGAUAUAAGCACUGUCUCAUCAGUAAAUGAAGCAUUUGGAAGACGAGAGAGGCUUGUGCUUGGCCAUACGAGAAGUUCAUCUAUUAGUGGCCCUUUUGGGAGCAGGAGCUCAGACACACCAAUGGAGUCUUAAUGCAGAGCAAAAAACUUCCUGGUUUUUAUUACCUUAACUCAGAUUUAAAAACCUGGCCGAGAAAUCUCCACGUGUAGCUACAGCCAUGUAGUGACUGAAACACAUUUCAUUUCUUGCUGCCAGACAUUCCUCUGCAGCUAUGGCGGCAGCACAAACAGGGCUGGUCUUCGUGCUUUGCCUUUUCAGUGUGUGGGGUUUAGGGAUCCUGCUGCAUUUCUGGAAGAGGAUAAUAAAGAGGUUUUUAAAAAAUAAUUCCUAAAAUAUGCCAUAUGUCAUAAGUAACCUAUAGGUUUGUAAAAUAGGUAAUAAUUUAUGGAAUUUUAGAAGAAAAUCUUCUGAUUUUUUUUUUUUUUUUUUAAGAUUUUAUUUAUCAGAGAGGGAGAGCAAGCACAGGCAGACAGAAUGGCAGGCAGGGGCAGAGGGAGAAGCAGGCUCCCCGCUGAGCAAGGAGCCCGAUGUGGGACUCGAUCCCAGGACGCCGGGAUCAUGACCUGAGCCAAAGGCAGCAGCUUAACCAACUGAGCCACCCAGGCAUCCCGAAAAUCUUCUGAUCUUAAACGAUGGAUAAACCCAGGCCUUGAAAGGUUGUGACUUGGCCAAGAUUGCACAGUAGCCAUAAACACGGGCAGGUGCCCCAGGAAUUGCUCUUUACUGACUUGACUCUUUUCCAGCUAAUGUUCAUGAUUUUAGAAAUGUCCUCAGUGCUACUUGUAAAGUUCAGUGACUAAAUUAAAGGUGAAAUUUCUCUUUUCCCCCAGCAUAGUAUUCACUGUUAUCAAAGAAAAAGAGGUAUUACAUUAUGAUAAAGAUGUCAGUCCAACAAGAGGAUAGAACAUUCAUAAAUAUCAUAGGAGCACCUAAACACAUAAAGCAAAUAUUAACAGACAUAAAGGGAGAAACAGCAAUACAGUAAUUGUAGCAGACUUUAAUACCCCACUUUCAUCAAGAAAUAGACCAUUCAGACAGAAAACCAAUAUGGAAACAUUGGCCUUACAGACAUAUACACAGCAUUCCUUCUGAAAGCAACAGAAUACACAUUUUCUUUAGCACACAUGGAAAAUUCUCCAAGAUCACAUGUACGACCAAAAAAAGUCUUAAUUUCAGAAAAUUGAAAUAUCAGGUAUCUUUUCUGACCACAAUAAUAUGAAACUAGAAAAUUAGAUGAAGCACACUAGAAGAUUUGCAAAUAUAGGGAGAUUAAAUAGCAUGCUCCUGAACAGCCAAUGGGUCAAAUAAGAAAGGAGAGAAAAGGCCUUGAGACAAGUGGAAACACAACAUACCAAAACUUAAGGGAUAUACCAAAAGUUCACUGCAUUCAGUGCUGGGAUCAAGAAACAAGAGCUCUCAACCUAAUUUUACACCUCAAGAAACUACAAAAAGGAAUAAAGCCCAGAGUUAGUAGAAGGAAGGAAAUAAAGAUCAAAGUGGAAUAAUACAUGAAAUAGAAACUAAAAUGAAUCUGAGAGCCUUUUUUUUUUUUUUUUAAAGAAAAUUGACAAACCUUUAGUUAGACUGAGGACACAGGAUGCAAAAUCAAACAUGAGGAAGAAGUUGUUACAACCAAUAGACCACCAGAAUACAAAGGAUCCUAAGAGACUACUAUGAACAGAGUACAACAAAUCAGGCAACCUAGAGGGCAUGGAAAAUUCCUAAAAAUAUACUACCUACCAAAUCUGAAUCAUGAAGAAAUAGGAAAUCUGAAGGGGCCAAUUACUAGUAAGGAGAUUGAAUCACUCAUUAAAAACAUCUCAGCAGGGGCACCUGGGUGGCUCAGUGGGUGACCUGAUGGGAUGGGAUCAUGAGGUGACAUGAGCUUCUGCCUUCCGCUCAGGUCAUGGUCUCAGGGUCCUGGGAUCAAGCCCCGCAUCAGGCUCUCUGCUCAGCAGGGAAUCUGCUUCCUCCUCUCUCCCUGCCUGCCUCUCUGACUACUUGUAAUCUCUAUCAAAUAAAUAAAUAAAAUCUUUUAAAAAAAAAUCAAAUAAAAGUUAAGGACCAAA